CCAUCUUAUCAUAUUCAAAGUUGGUAAUCUCACUCACUUCACAUGACUCAUCAUAGAAAAACGUGUCACCCUUAUCAACAAUGUCGUACAAAACAAACCCCUCGAUAAACAUCAUCACGGAACUUAAAAACUUUGUUACAGAACCCAGAUAAUCAACAAUAAUGUCCUACAAACCCCUCGAUUCCAUUUCCAUAUCGGACAUAGUAGACCUUGGAAUUCCACCGGAAACCGCCACUCAACUUCAUGAAAAGCUCACUGAAAUCAUCAAGACUUACGGGUCUAAUACCCCUGAAACAUGGACCCAAAUCUCGACCCGAAUUCUGGAUCCGGGUCUUCCCUUUUCUUUUCAUCAGAUGAUGUAUUAUGGAUGUUAUGUAGAUUUUGGACCUGAUCCUCCUGCUUGGUUACCUCAUUUGGAAGAUGCAAAAUCAACAAACAUAGGUAGUUUACUAGAGAGACAAGGAAAUAAAUUAUUGGGUCCCAGUUAUAAAGAUCCGGUUUCAAGCUACCAAGCUUUUCAUGAAUAUUCAGUCUCAAAUCUAGAGGUGUUUUGGAAAACAAUAUUGGAUGAAAUGAGUGUAUCGUUUUCCGUGCCUCCAAACCGCAUAUUAGUCGAUGAUCCAUCUCAAGAAAGCCAAUUACUGCAUCCAGGAGGUCAAUGGCUUCCUGGAGCUUACGUAAAUCCGGCUGGAAAUUGUUUAAACUUAAAUAGCAAGAGAAAAUCGAGUGACAUAGCGGUGAUAUGGCGCGAUGAAGGAGACGAUGAAUCGCCAGUCAACAAAAUGACAUUCGAGAAAUUGCGCUCAGAGGUUUGGUUGGUUGCGUAUGCUCUUGAAAAACUGGGAUUGGAAAAAGGAUCUGCGGUCGCGAUUGAUAUGCCAAUGGAUGUUAAAUCGGUGGUGAUAUAUCUGGCAAUCGUUUUAUCAGGCUAUGUGGUUGUAUCCAUUGCGGAUAGUUUUGCUGCAAGUGAGAUUUCAACGAGACUUGUACUAUCAAAAGCAAAAGCAAUUUUUACUCAGGAUUUGAUCAUUAGAGGUGACAGAAGCAUUCCCUUAUACAGCCGAGUUGUUGAUGCUGGAUCGCCUCUAGCAAUUGUUAUUCCUACAAGAGGCUCGAGUUUUAGUAUGAAAUUGCGUGACGGUGAUAUUUCUUGGCUUGAUUUUCUAGAACAAGCUAAAAGUUACAAGAAUGUGGAGUUUGUUGCAGUGGAACGAUCGGUUGAAGCUUUCUCGAAUAUCCUCUUUUCUUCAGGAACUACAGGGGAACCAAAGGCAAUUCCUUGGACCCUUGCAACACCGUUCAAAGCAGGUGCGGAUGGUUGGUGCCACAUGGACAUCCGCAAAGGUGACGUGGUCGCAUGGCCUACUAAUCUUGGAUGGAUGAUGGGCCCGUGGCUAGUUUACGCAUCGUUGCUAAACGGGGCUUCAAUUGCAUUAUAUAAUGGGUCCCCCCUCACUACUGGCUUUGCCAAGUUUGUUCAGGAUGCGAAAGUAACAAUGUUGGGAGUGAUCCCAAGUAUUGUGAGGGCAUGGAGAACAAAGAAUUGUACAGCUGGGUUUGACUGGUCAACCAUCCGGUGCUUUGGAUCAACUGGUGAGGCCUCUAAUGUGGAUGAAUACCUUUGGUUGAUGGGAAGAGCUCGAUACAAACCGAUUAUCGAGUAUUGUGGGGGCACAGAGAUCGGUGGCGGUUUUAUUACAGGAUCAUUACUGCAGCCUCAAUGCUUGUCUGCUUUCAGCACACCAAGUUUGGGAUCUAGUCUGUUUAUUCUCGGCACAGAUGGAAUCCCUAUACCCGCAAAUGUAGCUGGAGUUGGUGAAUUGGCUCUUAACCCCCUUAUGUUUGGAGCGUCAAGCACACUACUAAAUGCUAACCACUAUGAUGUCUACUUCAAAGGCAUGCCUUCUUGGAAUGGGAAGAUUUUAAGAAGGCACGGAGAUGUAUUUGAGCGCACGAUUAGAGGAUACUAUCGUGCCCAUGGUCGGGCAGAUGAUACCAUGAAUCUUGGCGGUAUUAAGGUAAGUUCGGUUGAGAUUGAACGCGUAUGCAACUCGGUUGAUGACAGAAUCCUUGAGACCGCAGCAAUAGGGCUUACGCCAGCUGGCGGUGGGCCAGAAAAGUUGGUGAUUGUGGUUGUUUUCAAAGAUGCCAAUGAUUCGACACCCGAAUUAAAUAGUUUGAAGCAGUCAUUGAAUAAAGCUUUGCAAAAGAAUCUCAAUCCUCUGUUUAAGGUUUCUGAUGUGGUGCCCAUUGCAUCACUUCCUAGGACAGCAACAAAUAAGGUAAUGAGAAGAGUUUUGAGACAAAAGUUGACUCAAAUUGGUCAAAAUUGCAAGUUGUGAUUUUUUUUCCUUCACUUGUUAUUAGGUGCAAAUAUGUUGUAUGUUAAAGUUUUGAAUAAAAAAGUAAUGCUUGUUUACCUAAUUACACUAUUAAUGCCAUUUGUUAGUUUUCUUUAUA